AUGCUGCGUCAUUCGCUUCGUUCCCCCAGUCUACGACGACAACACACUCGCUUCUAUAGCUUCUCAAGUACUACAACCGAGUAUGAUUACGUGAUCGUAGGUGGUGGUUCAGCUGGUUGUGUGUUGGCCAAUCGUUUAACCGAAGAUUCACUGAAUAAAGUGUUACUCAUUGAGACGGGAUUAAAUGACCGUAAUCAAUGGGACUCGUGGAAGAUUCACAUGCCUGCUGCUCUUACAUACAAUUUAAGUGAUGAUAAAUACAAUUGGAACUAUUAUACAGAGCCUCAGAAGAAUUUAAAUGGCCGAAGGUUGCCUUGGCCACGAGGUCGUGUGCUUGGUGGCUCUUCGUCGCUUAAUGCGAUGGUUUAUAUUCGUGGUCAUGCUUAUGACUAUGAUGAUUGGCAAGAGAGUGGUGCUAAAGGAUGGAGCUAUGCAGACUGUUUGCCCUAUUUUCGUAAAGCUCAGAAUCAUGAGCUUGGAUCGGAUGAUUAUCGAGGAAGUGAUGGACCACUUCAUGUCAUUCGUGGUAAUCAAAAUGAUCAGAUUCUUUUUCAAAAGUUUAUUGAUGCAGGUAUACAGGCUGGUUAUCCAUUUACACAGGAUAUGAAUGGAUAUCAACAGGAAGGUUUUGGAUAUAUGGAUAUGACAGUCUGGAAAGGAUUCCGAUGGAGUACAGCCUCAGCGUACUUGCAACCAGCUAUGAAACGGCCAAACUUGACAGUUUUCACGAAUACUUUUGUGAGCAAAGUAGUGUUUGAAGGCAAAAAGGCCGUUGGUGUGGAGACAGAGGACCACAAGAUUAAAAUGACCAAGCAGGUCCGUGCAGCGAAGGAGGUGAUUUUAUGUGGUGGAGCGAUAAACUCGCCCCAGCUUCUGAUGCUAUCGGGUAUUGGCAAUGCCGAUCAUUUGAAGGAGGUGGGUGUGCCAGUGGUUCAGCAUUUACCUGCAGUGGGUCAGAACAUGGAGGACCACCUUGAUAUGUACAUCCAGUACAUGUGCAAGAAACCCAUUACAUUGCACAACGCUACUUGGAAAUACCCGCAUAAGAUGAUUUCGAUUGGCUUUGAGUGGAUCUUUCGUCAAACUGGUAUGGGAGCGUCCUCUCACCUGGAGUCGGGUGGUUUCAUCCGAAGUGCCCCCGGCAAGCGCCACCCUGACCUGCAAUACCAUUUCCUGCCUGGAUCACUGACUGGUCAAUUAACUCCCGGAGCUUACCAUGCUAUGCAGGCUCACUGCUCACCGAUGCGCGCUCAGAGCCGUGGCUGGUUAAAGCUGCGCAGCAACAACCCGCACGAGCAUCCGAUCAUCGAGCCUAACUAUCUAAGUGUGGAAGAAGACUUGGUAGAUAUGCGUACUGGUGUGAAGCUCACACGUGAGAUUCUGGAGCAGCAGAUGCUUGACGAAUACCGUGGUGAAGCGAUUUCGCCGUCGAAUGGCGUGCAGACUGACGCUCAAAUCGACGAGUGGAUUCGUCAGAACACGGAGAGCGCAUAUCACCCGUCGUGCACAAACCGCAUGGGUGUGGAUGCCAACACGGUCGUUGACCCGCAGACGCGUGUACACGGUGUAGAGAACCUGCGCGUCGUGGAUGCGUCUAUCAUGCCGAACAUUGUGAGCGGCAACCUAAACGCACCGACGAUCAUGAUAGCUGAGAAGGCUGCCGACAUCAUAUUGGGCAAGAAUCCAUUACCGAAAUCGACGGCGUCGGUGUACCAGCCGAAGAACUGGGAGACCAGUCAGAGAUAA